AUGGAAGAACUGGACAAAUUCCGCGAGCAGUGGCUCGAAGAAGUGCGCACACGGCAUGAGCCAGCCACGCAGACCGCAUCCGAACUCCUCUCAAUGUCCGGGGUUGGCUCAAUGGACGCAAAUACGCAGACAGCGCUCUCGCACUACCUCCAGGCGACCGCCUACGAGCACGAGGGACGGCUCGGCGAGGCUCUGGGCAGCUACCGGAAGGCAUUCCGUCACUGCGCAACAAUCGACUCGAUCUACCGGCAGAUCACGCAGGGCCGCGACGGCGCCCACGCGCAAGCGCAGCUGGCCAAGGCCGAACAGAAUAUUGCCGACAAGAGGCGGCAGGAGAGCGGCGGGUUCUUGUUCCGCCACGAGGCUGGCGCGCGCGAAGUCGACGACACUCGCAUUGAUGUGAUGGCGGAAUUGGUCAGCGGGCUAAAGAAAAUGGAGCUGCAGUGCGUGCCAGGAAACGCCAACCGGCCGGUGCUGGUGGACCGGCUGCCGGACGACCUUUUAGUCCAUGUGCUGAAGAUGGCGGGGGCGGUGGAUGUGCAGAUUGUCGGGCGGUUUGCUGCGGCCUGCAAGCGGUUUGCAGUGGUAUCACGUGAUGCUCGCCUCUGGAAGUUUAUGAACUGCGCAGCCCAGCGCCAGCCUACCGGCGAGCGCUUCCAAGCAGCCUGCAGCAGCGUCAGCGUGCCUGCAGAGGAGCCCGUGGAUACAUAUAGCCUAUACAGGGAGGCACAGGCAUAUGAUGGGUGGCUGGACAUGUUCUUGCGGCGGGCGCGUGUGCGGUUCGAUGGCAUAUACAUCUCAACAUGUCAUUACCUGCGGCCGUCAUCGGCAGAGAACACGUGGACGACGCCGGUAAUGCUGGUGACAUAUUACCGGUACCUUCGGUUUUUCCGCGACGGCACCUGCCUCAAGCUCCUGUCAACCACAGAGCCGGCCAAGAUUGUACGCAGCAUCUUCUGGGCCACCCGCGAAAGACGCGUGCAGCGCGGGGUGUGGCGGCUGGACGGACGCGAUGUGGUGGCAUAUACACAGGACAAGGAGCGCGAUGGCCUGACCUUCUGCCUGGAGCUGGAGGUGCGCAGCACGCGGGACAGCCAAGAACAACAACUCCAAUGA